AUGGACAUGAAGGGCGUGGACUGAAGAUGAGCUGAUCAGCCUGAUCUCGAUUCUCAUGCAUGUUAUGGGCAUUAUCUAGUCUAUAUAAGCAAGAAGAAAUGAGUGAGACAGAGCCACCUGAAUAUAAGGAGAGGAGGUUGGAGACUAUCUCAGAACAAUCACCAUUGCUACCCAGCAGUAAUGAGCAGACUAAGGAUGAAGGAGGAGCAGAGUUUAUGAAAUCAGAGGAGCACAAAGCAAAAGAUUUCCAACUAAUACAUGUCCCUCACAGAGAGAAAUAUCCGAUAUUUAGUUUUAGGAAGUUAUGGGCGUUCACUGGUCCUGGGUUCCUAAUGAGUAUUGCCUAUCUUGACCCUGGGAACAUUGAGAGCGACUUACAGGCUGGAGCAGCUGCUCAAUAUAAAUUGUUAUGGGUACUGCUUUGGUCUACUGUUGCUGGUUUAUUGAUGCAAUUAUUAGCUGCCAGACUGGGUGUGGUCACAGGUAAACAUUUAGCUGAGGUUUGUAAAGACGAGUAUCCAUUGGUACCACGUAUUGUACUCUGGAUUGCUAUGGAGCUGGCCAUUAUUGGGAGUGAUAUACAGGAGGUUAUUGGCUCAGCUAUUGCAAUCAAUAUAUUAUCUCAAGGAACCAUCCCACUGUGGGAAGGGUGCCUUGUUACUGGCGUCGAUACUUUUCUAUUUCUAUUCCUGGAAAGUUAUGGUUUGAGAUAUUUAGAAUUCUUCUUUGGGUUUCUGAUCAGUAUAAUGUGUGGCAUGUUUGGAUGGAUGUACGUAUAUUCGGCUCCGUCUCAAGUCGACGUGCUAAAAGGAACGUUCAUUCCGAUGUGUGCCAAUUGUUCCAGUGACGUCAUUCAACAAGGACUGGGUGUGGUCGGAGCUGUCAUUAUGCCUCAUAAUAUCUACCUUCACUCCGGCCUAGUCCUGUCUCGUGCUAUUUCUCGCACUAAUCCUAAUGAAGUCAAGGAAGGAAUUAAAUAUAAUACUAUUGAGUCUAGCAUCGCUCUUCUUGUUUCUUUUGUUAUUAAUUUAUUUGUGAUUUGUGUAUUCGGGAUGAAAGUCUUCUCCUACGACUUUCCUUCUGAAUUGAAGGACUCUUGCUCAUCGUCUGGAAUCAGUUUACUUACAGCUGAAGAAUGUUUAUACAAUUCAUUUGGACAGAAGGAAUGGAUUAAGUACAUUUGGGCCAUUGGCCUAUUAGCCUCAGGCCAAAGCUCAACCAUGACAGGAACUUAUGCUGGUCAAUUUGUGAUGGAGGGGUUUUUAGGUUUAAAAUGGGCCAAAUGGAAGCGAGUGUUGCUGACACGUUCAAUUGCGAUGGUUCCUUGUGUCAUACUAGCUAUUCUUGCAUCUAAAAAACUCGAUCUUUUAGAUGAACUAAUCAAUGUUGAGCAAAGUAUUCUGCUACCUUUUUCUGUUUUACCAAUUUUGUUUGCGACCAGUUCAAAGAGGAUCAUGAAACAGCACAGAAACCACAUUGUCCUAACUGUUGUGUCCUGGGUAAUUGCUAUGGUAGUUCUUGGGGUUAAUAUUUAUUUCAUUAUAGACACAUUGGAUUUAAGUGGCCCGUGGUAUCAGCACGUUCUGGCCACACUUGGUCUGUUCAUUUAUAUUUGCAUUGUCCUAUUCUUUAUAAUAUUUCCCAUUAUACGUGAAGUGAGGUUAUGGAGAAAGGAGAGAAGAUAUGGCUCUUUGGCUAAUGGUCACUCCAUCAAUGAUUGAUAACAUUUAUUUAUAUUUUUGUGCCAAUUUUUUGUUUAUACAAACUUGUAAUGUAUACAUUUUGCCAAGUGAAAUCAUAACUUGAUACUAA